CCCCACUACCUCAGCAUCCUUCCCAGCAGUGAGGGGAAAAAAAGGAGAAGCUAAACAGGCAAAAGUUUUCCUCUGGCUCGCGAAAAGAGGAGUCGACAUGGAUGAAAAAGAGCUGUUUGUGUGAAUAAACGAACAGGACUGGCGAAUAAAACACUCUUCCCACGGUAAAAGAAUGAUAACAUAGCUAGCCCUUUGUGUUGUUUUGUGUGAGAGGACACGAAAACCUCAACUGUGGGAAAGUUUGAAGCAGCGGCUGGCUAUGGCGCGGGAGAGCGAAGACCCGGGGAUGGCCAAAGCUUCAAAAGUUAAAAGGCAAAGAAAGAAGAAAAGCAAGGAGAACAAAACCAGGAUUGUCCACGCAAACAUACUGCACGCUCACGCCAAAGGAGAGGAAAACCCAAACCGACACUAUGCAAACAACAAGAUCAAGACGACCAAAUACACUGUGCUGUCUUUCCUGCCAAAGAAUCUUUUUGAACAGUUUCAUAGAUUUGCCAAUGUUUACUUUGUUUUCAUCGCUUUGCUGAAUUUUGUUCCAGUUGUCAAUGCCUUUCAGCCAGAACUUGCUCUGGCUCCUGUAGUUUUCAUUUUGUCUGUCACUGCCAUCAAAGACUUAUGGGAGGACUACAGGAGACACAGGUCGGAUAAAGAAAUAAAUCACAUGGAUUGUCUGGUCUACAGCAGAGCGGAGGGACGCUACGUGGAGAAGUACUGGAAGGAGGUGCAGGUGGGAGACUUCAUCAGGCUACGAUGUAACGAGAUCCUCCCCGCCGACGUUCUGCUGCUGAGCACCAGUGACCCCGACCGCCUGUGCCACAUCGAGACCGCCACACUGGACGGAGAGACCAACCUCAAGCAGAGGCAGGUCGUCCGCAGCUUCUUUGACCUGGAUUGUGACUUUGACCCCUUGAAGUACAACAGCAUAAUUGAAUGUGAAAAGCCCAACAAUGACCUGAACAGAUUCCGGGGCUACAUAAUCCAUCGAAGUGGCAGAAGAGAUGCACUUUACAAAGAUAAUCUGCUGCUGAGAGGUUGCACCAUCCGCAACACAGAAGAGGCUGUGGGAAUAGUCAUUUACGCAGGUCAUGAGACCAAAGCCAUGCUAAACAACAACGGCCCGCGCUACAAGCGCAGUAAACUGGAGAGACAGAUGAAUGUAGAUGUGUUCUGGUGUGUCAUCAUCCUGCUGGUCAUGUGCCUGUUUGCUGCUGUUGGUCAUGGGCUGUGGAUGUUUCAGUACGGCGAUAAGAGGCCUGUGUUUGACGUUCUUAGUCCAGAGGGGACAGACUUAUCACCGAUCAUGUCAGCUAUUUAUCUCUUCCUUACUAUGAUCAUCGUCUUUCAGGUGCUGAUACCCAUCUCCCUUUUUGUGUCGAUUGAGAUUGUCAAGAUCUGCCAAGUGUACUUCAUCCAUCAGGACAUGGAUCUGUAUGAUGAGGAGACAGACUCUCACCUGCAGUGCAGAGCUCUUAAUAUCACAGAGGAUCUUGGCCAGAUGCAAUACAUCUUCUCUGACAAGACAGGCACGCUGACAGAGAACAAGAUGGUGUUUCGCCGUUGCACUGUGGCAGGGGUGGAGUACUCCCAUGAUGCCAAUGCUAGAAGACUCGCUAUGUACCAGGAGAUGGAUUCUGAGGAAGAAGAAUGUACGUCUCAUGGUGGCACCCUGCCUAGGCGGGACAGUGUGACCAGCCACCAGAGCACCCGGGUGGUGCUACGCUCCCAGAGCACGAAGUCCCACCGCAGGACGGGCAGUAGGGCGGAGGCCAAGCGAGCCAGCAUCCUGUCUAAGCACACGGCCUUCAGCAGCCCCAUGGAGAAAGAUAUCACCCCCGACCCUCAGCUCCUAGACAAAGUCAAUGAAUGCAGCAGCCAGAUGGACUUCAUGCGCUUCCACAGCCAGCCCAUGUCCCAGCUUCCCUCUGAUCUCGCUGACAUCAUAGAUUUCUUCAUCGCUCUCACCAUCUGCAACACGGUGGUGGUGUCUUCGCCCAACCAGCCCAGACAUAAGGUCCGGAUGAGGUUUGAGCUCAAGUCCCCAGUUAAGACCAUUGAGGACUUCAUCAAGCGCUUCACCCCCAGCCGACUGACAUCAGGCUCCAAUAGCAGCAGCUCCUCCAGCCUCAUCACCAACCGUUCCUCCAACAAGGGAUGCUCCAGCAUGCUGUCGUCCCCUUCUGCGGAGAGCACGCUCACCAAACUAGACGAGGAGCAGCCUCCCGGGAGCCUGGAGCACACCUUCAGCCCCAUGCCGCCUUGUUACGACGGGAAGGCGUGGAACGUGGAGGAGGGCGAGCUGCGCUAUGAGGCCGAGUCGCCCGAUGAGGCUGCGCUGGUCUACGCUGCCAAGGCCUACAAGUGCUCCCUCGUCGGACGCCUCCCUGACCAGGUGACCGUGGAGCUGCCACACCUGGGGAAGUUGAGCUUUGAGCUGCUGCACACACUGGGCUUCGACUCCACCAGGAAACGCAUGUCUGUGGUGGUUAGACACCCUCUGACGGAUCAGAUCACUGUCUACACUAAAGGAGCAGACUCUGUCAUCAUGGAUAUCAUCAAAACCCCCGACACAGGAAACUCCAAAGGGAAACGCCAGAAAAAGAUUGUCAACCGGACCCAAAACUACCUGAACCUGUAUGCUGCAGAUGGCCUUCGCACACUGUGCAUUGCAAAAAAGAUUCUGAGCAAAGAGCAAUAUGCCUGCUGGCUGCAGCAUCACCUGGAGGCUGAGACGGCCAUCCAGGGAAGAGAGGAGCUGCUUUUUGAGUCGGCCCUGCGACUGGAGACAAACCUCCAGCUUCUGGGAGCGACGGGCAUUGAGGACCGGCUGCAGGACGGUGUGCCUGAAACCAUAGAUUCUCUGCGGAAGGCCGGCCUGCAGAUUUGGGUGCUGACGGGCGACAAACAGGAGACGGCCGUCAAUAUUGCAUACGCCUGCAAGCUGCUGGACCCUGAGGAGGAGAUCCUGACACUGAAUGCUGAUUCUCAGGAGGCGUGUGCGUUGUUGCUGGAGGAGAGUUUACACUACAUCCAAGCCAAAUUCCUCUGCAGCUCGACAGACCACGCCGCCAAGGCCUUCCACAAUAACUUAGCACCCUUUGAGAUCUAUCCGUCUUCAUCUCCAUCCUCGUCCUCCCAGACCGCACCCUUCAUGGUGCACCAGCUGGGCCUGGUAAUUGACGGGCGGACCUUGGCCUAUGCCCUGGAUAAGAAUUUGGAGGAUAAGUUCCUGGCGGUGGCGCGGAGCUGCCGCUCAGUUCUCUGCUGCCGCUCCACGCCGCUGCAGAAGAGCAUGGUGGUCAAACUGGUGCGGAACAAGCUGAAGGUCAUGACUCUAGCAAUAGGUGAUGGGGCCAAUGAUGUCAGCAUGAUCCAGGUGGCGGACGUCGGUGUGGGCAUCUCGGGACAGGAGGGCAUGCAGGCGGUGAUGGCGAGUGACUUUGCUCUCCCACGUUUCCGGUAUCUCCAGAAGCUCCUGCUGGUCCACGGACACUGGUGCUACUCCCGACUGGCCAACAUGAUUCUCUAUUUCUUCUACAAGAAUGCCAUGUUUGUAGCGCUUAUCUUCUGGUAUCAGUUCUACUGUGGAUUCUCAGGUUCAGCCAUGAUUGACCAGUGGUAUCUUAUCUUCUUCAACCUGAUGUUCUCCGCCUUCCCGCAACUUAUCACUGGCACUCUGGACAAAGACGUGUCAGCAGAGACUCUCAAACAACUACCUCAGCUCUAUGUGAACGGCCAGAACUCCGAGGAAUAUAAGCCAUAUAUGUUCUGGAUGAACAUGAUUGAUGCCUUCUACCAAAGUCUGGUCUGCUUCUUCAUUCCUUACUUUGCCUACGCUGACUCUGACGUGGAUCUGUUUACAUGGGGAACUCCCAUCACCACCCUCGCAUUACUCACCAUUCUGGUGCACUUGGGCAUUGAGACCAAAACCUGGACCUGGAUGAACUGGUUGUCUAUCGCCUUCAGCAUAGCCUUAUUCUUCACAGUUGCUCUGUGUUACAAUGCCUCCUGUCCCACCUGCUACUCUCCCUCCAACCCCUACUGGACCAUGCAGAGGCUGCUGCCGGACCCCCUCUUCUACCUGCUCUGUGUCGUCACGCCAGUAGCAGCACUGCUGCCCAGAUACUUCUACAGGGCGUGUCAAGGCACGCUGUUUCCCAGCCCAGUCCAAGUUGGACGACAGUUGGAUAAACUCCCUGCUGAAACCCGCAGGAACAUCCUCAGCCUCAGCAGGGUGAAGGUGGGGUCACCGCUCAGCCCCAAGCCUCCCUUCCUGUCCCUCACUAAGCCCUCCCCUAAAGGUUGCAAUAAAAAAGACCGGAGGAGCCUUCCCAGAUCCAAGACAUCACAGGGGCCUGUUUUACAGACAGACAGUGAGAUGGGCCUUUCAGAUGUCUCCACAUUAGGUCCUACAGAAAUAGACACACUUCCUUACACCAAAGACACACCUCCAUUCUCGGGGGAGCCACAGCCUCCUUCCACCAAAGACUCGGAGGUUCUAGAUAAGACUUUAGAGCCGUCAGAUCUGAGCGGGUCCAGCUGGAUCACCUCCACGCCCGUGCUCACACAGACAGACAGCGUCCAGCUGAACCUGCCCCCUGAUGGAGACUCCCAGUGUGUCAAAUACACGAGGAACUCUGAGGAAACACUAAAGUCUGACCACAGCGUUCACCCAGCACAGAGGACAGAGCAGGGGGCACAACAGUCGCUGCACACCACCUUGUGAUGUCAUACAGUCUUAAGUAUGUUACUCAAACUCCAAUUUGCACAAUAGUUUUUUAAAGUCUAAUUUUAUUGUAUUUUUCAAGGAGAUUCUUUUAUAAAAGAUACAUAUAGGUACUUUAUAUUUUGGAAGUUGAAAACGUAAGAUAUUUUCAGGGUUUGGGAGAUGGAAGAACUGGAAUAUCUGACAUUUGUUUGUUUUUUUUAUCCUGGGAUUUUAUUUUUAUUUUUUUCUCACAAAGAUGCAUCUCAGAGCUUGAUCAGGUCACUGUGUAAGGAAGAUCAGAGUCGAGACAUUCCACUGCUGGUUUAUUUGGGAGUUUGUUUUCUCUCUUACUGAAAUCAGCUUUGCCUGUAAAUGCAUUAAAACCUGGAUCAGAUGCCACUGUGGCCUUGAAUCAGUGUGGAUAUUCCCGAGAAGAGUCAUUUAUGUAUGUUUUAAAUCCCCACAGAAACUUGUUUCAGUGCAGAUUCUCAAAGAGUUUUAUCUUUACAUAUAUCAGCAAUUAGUGGCAUUGGCUUGUACACAUUUCAGUCCCGUUGCUGGAUUUGCUGUAAACUUUUUGCUAAUUUUUUAAAGACUGAAAAGUGUGUUUAUAGCUGUUGUCACAUUCCACUGAAUAAUUAUGAGAGUUGUUGAGAAAUUGUAGUCUUAAUACACCAAGAAUCAGAAAAGAACCAGAAAUUAUGCUCUGUUUGAGUGGAUGUGUGUGUAACUUUGUGAGUGUGUGUCCGUGUCCAUUGACUCAUUGGAUCUGUUUUAAUAUUGCCAGCAUGUUUCACAUUAAUAGAAUAGUUUGGCCUUUUGGGAAAUAUCUUUAUUUGCUUCCUUACCAAGAGAUCCCAUUUUCAUGUCUUGUCUGUUAAAUAUGAAGUUAGUCAGGAAACAGUUAGCUUAGCAUGAAAGACUAGAAAUGGGGGAAACAGCUAGCCUGCCUCUGUGUAUAUCAUCCUCUUCAAGCUCCUCUAAAGACGAUUAAUUGACAUGUCCUGUUUGCUUAAUCUGUACAAAACCUUCCUGUUGUUGCCUCAACCAGCGGAACCUCUGGGAAGUUGUUGCUCCCGACCAAGAAAUAGUCCAGCAUAAAACCACUACAGUUUUUGUUUGGAAUAAACAAAAGAUAGCGUCUUAAAUAGUGCGCUUUACAAGUGCUAGUGGGCAAGUGUUAGUAUCCUUAGGACAGAGCCAGGCUAGCUGUUUCCCCCAGCUUCCAGUCUUAUCUGGUUUUAGAUUCAUAUUUAACUUACAAACAUGAGACUGAUAUCAAUCAAUGAAGCUGGAGCCAGCAGACGCUUAGCAUAGCAUAGCAGAAAGACUUGGAACAGCUAGCAUGGCUUGCAGCUAGCUCUGCCCAAAGUGAACCAAAUCUGCCUACCAGCUGCUCUAAAGCUCACUAAUUUUUUUUUCCAGUUUUACGGAUUUUGUUUAACCUUUGGACAGAGCCAGGCUAACAGUUUCCACACCUUUUCAGACUUUAUGCUAAGCUAUGGUAAGGUUGUAUUUAGUGUACAGACAUAACAAUGGUAUCAGUCUUGUCCUCUAACUCUACCCAAAGUGUUGACCUAUUCCUUAAAGCACUGUACAGUAGGUUGACAACAAGCUACCAUUAUGUUUCACAAACAAGUUUACUUGAAGAGUUCAUUUCAGCCCAGUCUAAUCUUUUGUACUGCUGGUGCUCAGCUGUAACCCGGGAACUCAAUGGUGAAAGAAUCCCAAAUAUAUGCGGCUUUAAGACUUAAAUUUGCACUUUGAAAGCAUUAUUUUAGAAUUGCCAUUGAGUACUGUUCUGUGCUCGGAUGCAGUAUGAAACGUUUCACACUUUUGAAAGGAAACAUGAUGUCCUUGCCAUCAUGCACAAACUAACUAGUGGAAGUAUGGAAAAUUGGAAAGAUGCUAUUUGUUCACUUGUUUAGCAUUUAAAGCAGCAGCACCUUUGAUAUUUUAUGACUGUUGUAUCUCUUGUGUCAUUGCAGUACAUUUUUGUAAAGUCUUUUACCAAAGAUCAUUUAUAUUUCUGUAUUUGCUAAGCAAAAGUAUGUGCCUUAACACUGGAUCAGAAAUUAAAAAUCUAAGAGUUUGCUUAGGGUGCUGAAGCCGUAUUUGUUUAAAGAUGACGGUGCAUCUUAAGCGGCAUUUUGUGUUGGUGUAGAUGAUAUUCCUGGGGCUACAUGCUAUGUGGUUUCUUUCCUCCCUGUCUGUUUCUGGCAUGUUGUUCACAUUCUGACUCCGCAGUCUGUCCACUUAGUUUUAUAGGUUCUGUCUGUUCUGUGCUUUUGGCAUAACACAUUAUGUGCCAGAAUGAAGCUUGAGCGUAUUCACUGCUGAAUCCCAACAUACCCACUUUCACAAAGUCCUCACAGGAACGUUCGCUCUCACCGCACACAGCCUCGAACAUAUCUGAGCUCAAUGAGUUGAUUUUUCAUUUUGGAUUUUGGUUUCAAGGUAGACCUACUGUAAGUUCCAUGUCUUACAUUGUAGAUUUAACACUCAUAGCGAUAAUUACCUGCUGUUAAAUCGCUGAGUUCAGUGUUAUUCAAGGUAUUAAUCUAGAUAUCUAAUAGAAACAAGGUCACACUGAGUUCUUGGUCUCGCCUCUCUAAAGAAAGCUGGAAGCAAUGAAGAACUCCAGCAGCAAAUCCCCAUCACCAACUGUAUUUUCAGUUUUGUUCGGAUAUACAAGUUUUUAUUAUCAUUUCUUUGUCCUUUGAGUAAUUUGAAAUUACUUGCAUCGUGGCUACUUGUCAACAAAAUUAAAAAUGAUGAUCAUAAAGAUUAUAAUAAUAGUAUAUAAGUAUUUAUCCUUUGCUACCUGUUCAGGAAAAUGUAUUCUCUGCUUAAUAAAAUGUUUCAGUUCCUCAAUUUUA